UCCGCUAUAUAAAGUGCACACAGGCAGCAGAGCUCACAGCUUCAGUGGACAGCUCCGCGGUGCUGAAACCUCACAUUCGCUCCACGCACUCACUCGACAAGCCGCGGCGCAUGACUGGAAACAUGGAGGGAUUCUCGUGGAAACUUUUUCUACUUUCUUGCCUGGUUGUUGUGGAGAGCUCCGCGCAAGACUUCGGACAGACGCAGUUUAUUUGCACGUCGGUUCCCAAGGAUAUGGACUUGUGCACGGCCACGAUGCAGAACAGCGGGCCAGCGGAGGAUCUGAAGACCACGGUCAUGCAGCUACGGGAGACCGUGCUACAGCAGAAGGAGACCAUAAUGAACCAAAAGGAGACAAUCAGGGAACUAACAUCCAAGCUGAGCCGCUGCGAGAGCCAGAGCCUCCCGGCGGCGGGACCCGGCGGGAGACGGCCGGGGUCAAAGAACACGAUGGGGGAUGUAUCCCGGGGCACCACGGACACUCUGGCUCAGCUGGGUCAGACUUUGCAGACCCUGAAACAGAGACUGGAGAAUCUCGAGGUAGGAAAGCAAGGGACAGCAGCGCGGAUCAGGUCAAAAGUUCAUUAAAUUAGAUUUGCAGAAUGAAGGAUAAUCCUUUUCUACCACUGCAGCAUUGUUCUGCUUUGCGCGGUUCAGCCUUUCUGUCACAGUGAGAGUGGAGCAUCAUGUAAAGUAAACCGAGAGCAGGGGUCCUGUUUAUAAGCUGAACAAUAUGACGCAGACCAGAUGAAAAAAUACAAGACAGUAAAUAUGAGAGUGAGACUUUAAGCUUUAAAAAGCAAAGUGAACAUGUCUCAGGAAGUUAAACAACACAAAAAAAGUAUCCCCUGUCCUCUUUUAACCCACUAUUUGUGUCCUUCUGUCCACUGCAGCAGUAUAGCCGAGGAAACAACACCGUGCAGGCGAACAGCCUGAAAGACCUGCUGCAAAACAAGAUAGAUGACAUGGAGAAGCAGGUCCUAUCUCGGGUCAACACGUUAGAAGAGACCAGACCGAGCUCCAGGAACGAUACCGACCAGCGGAACAGAGUGGAGUCCACGCUCACCUCUCUGCACCAUCGCAUCACGGACCUGGAGAAAGGUGCGUUUGGAUGUAUUAAGUGCUUUUUGCCGUGGCUCUACGGCAGGUCUUAAAAAGGAUUUAGAGACGAGUGAUUUUACUUUAAUCUCCCAGUCUUACAGAAAAAAAGGAAAUAUUGAGACGCACAAAUGUGGAGCUGUUCAGAAUGCCGCAACCAUCGUGUUGCGCACAAAUACAGUAGAGUGAGGGAGGAGAGGGGAGCUGCAUUGCUUUGCAUAUCUCAAGACCUGUUAGCACUUUUGCUGCGCAGAGUUUCUGUUUCAAGGAGCAAAAAGUGAGUGUCUAACCUGAAAAUGAGCCUCAAACAGAGGGGGAUAUGUACGCGAAGGUCAGUGGGAAAGAAACUUUGCAGGCUGCGCCUCGCUCUGGCGCCUUUUGGAGACAUUUCAUCUUCUUUACACGUGCAAAUGCGCGUGCGAGUGUUUUUUUUUCUGAUAGAGAGGAAGAGGGGGGACAUGGAGCCAGAGGCAACAGAGAGAAUCAGAGGGAGACAAAGUUUUCUGUUAAAUAUGAGAAUGUGUGAUUGUAGUAUUGCAGAAAACCCCUGAUAUCUUUGGCAAGCUCUGUUUUCUUGUCCAUAAAAUCUGAUAUUUAAAAAACACUAUUUCAGCUGUCAUAGGAAAUGUUUGUAAUCACUAAAGACAUAAAGAAAAGCUCAAUUAUGUAUUUAAACAGCAUAGUUUUACCUACUCAGUGGUAUGUUUUACAUUUCAUGUACAGGUAAAGAGACCAGGCCAACAGACAAAUUCCAGCUCACCUUCCCCCUGAGAACCAACUACAUGUAUGCCAAAGCCAAGAGGAGCCUCCCUGAGAUGUACUCCUUCAGUGUGUGCCUGUGGAUCAAGUCCAACGCCUCUCCUGGGGUGGGGACGCCCUUCUCCUAUGCCGUCCCGGGUCAGUCCAACGAGCUGGUGCUGAUCGAGUGGAGCAACAAUCCCAUGGAGAUUCUCAUCAAUGACAAGGUAACUUCAAACUGAUGACUAGACUGAUAAUAGCAGCACAUAUCUCACCUUUUUAAUCCGUAAAAGUGUGUGUUUUAAAGUGCAACAAGACAGUUAGAAUGUUAUUCUAGGUGAUCAGGUGCUAAGGUGAGCAGCAGAAGGUCUUUUUAUAGGAGAACAGUGACAUGAUAGAUAUGUGAUAUUUAGCAGGAAGAAAAGAAGAAAGUGUGAAAGUAUUCAGGCAAGGCUUUGAUUACUGAAAAGAAAGAACUGUGACAAAUGUGAUGCUCUCUGCUGCAGGUCGCAAAGCUGCCGUUCCUCAUCAAUGACGGGAAAUGGCAUCACCUGUGCAUCACGUGGACCACCCGUGACGGGAUGUGGGAAGCCUUCCAGGAUGGAGUGAUGCGAGGCAGUGGGGAGAAUCUGGCGCCGUACCACCCCAUCAAACCAGACGGAGUGCUGGUUCUGGGACAAGAGCAGGUGGAGAUUUCAUUUCUAGAUCCUGCACUUGAACAGCCUCACACAUUUGGAAACAAUCCCGACACAGUUAGGCAUUUAGAUUUGGUCAAAGAUUAAAGGCCUGAAUAUUUAUGAAAUUAAACUGAAGAGAUAUUUGAAGAGGGGCCUAAUGAAAGCUUUCCAGUCACAUUAGUGUGUAAUUUUUAGCAGGAAUAAAAGAGCCUGUGCUGCUCUGGCACAAACACAUCAUUUAAAAAUUUCAACAGAGAAAAAAUGUUAUUUGCAAGGAGAGAGAGACGCACCUUUUGAAGUAAAGCUGCAACAGUUCUUCAUUCCUGACAAACUGAUUAAAAGAAAACUAAUUUCAAACAGCUUUAAAAGAUAAACGCAUGCCAUUUUCCCCCUUUAUUUUCCAAGAAAAUAACAAAAACUAACAGAACUCAUAAGUACCAGCUCUCAAGAUUUGCAGCUGUUAUUUGCCAUAUGCAGUCGAAAAGGAGUCUUGAGGGUUUUUACUAUUAGUUUGACAAAUGGAGUAAUCUGAGAGUAAUCUGAUUCUGGGCCCUGCAGAACUGACAGCUUACAGACUCAAACACCAAAUGUGAAAAAUCAUGAGCACAUUUGUCUUUUAUUGAGUUAAUCACUUGUUGAAUCCUUUGCAUGAAGAGACCCUUGCACACUCUGCAGUUUUACAGCUCAUAAUACUGAAGAAAUCCUGAUAUGCAUGCUUAAAUCUAGCUAAGGUUUAACAAAUUUAGUUUUAAAGUCAACUAAAUGGCUCUUAAAUCCCUUUUUUACUAUUUGAAAUGGCUAAAUAUGUCCAGAAUUAAGCCAUUAGUCUUCUAACUUGAUGUCAUAUUUGGUACGAGUUGAAAUCCCAUCAUUUGUCACCCUUUUAAUCUAAUUGAGGCUCUUUGCUGUGCUCUUGUAGGACUUGUCACUUACACGUGUCUGAUUUCUUCCACAGGACACAUUGGGAGGAGGCUUCGACGCCACACAAGCUUACGUUGGAGAACUAGCAAACUUAAAUAUCUGGAAUAGGAAACUUUCUAUUGCAGAGAUCUACAACUUGGCCACAUGCAACAGCAAAGCACCAGCUGGUAACGUCUUCUCCUGGACGGAGAGCAACAUCGAAAUAUUUGGCGGGGCGACCAAAUGGACAUUCGAGCCUUGCCGUUCCCACAACUGAACUGCAUCAAGAGAGGCCUCUCUGUAUUUCUGAGCUUUUGUCGUUUUGUCUUCAUUUGACGUUUGUUAGAGACUAUUUGAGUUAUUGGUAAGCUUCAAUCUGGGAUUUCUAUCAUUCUUAGGUAUUUAUGUGCAAAACAACACUCUUCAUCUCGAGGGAAAAAAAAUCGUCUUGGAAACCUCAGUGAGAAAGUAUCGGUAUCUGUCUCUCCUUUUUCUUUCUUGGACGUUCCUUUGAGAGCACACCUAAGCUUUUUGUUUGUUUGGCUUAUUUCGUCUUGGACUGGCAGCUGGCAAUCUGCGCCUUAUGUUGGGACAAUUCACAAUCCAAGAGAGGAAUUACAUAACCAUUCCCACCCCCUUUCCCUUCGGAGUGUGGGAGAUUACACUGUCAAUCCAAUUUUUGUCAGUGUUUGGCACUGCAAAGUGAUGUCUGAAGUGGUACGGCUUCCUGAAACUGACCUACCCUUCCCCCCCCCCACAUACACAAACACACACCGCCCCUCCUCAGCCUCCUCCUCCUUCUCCUCCUUCUCCUUCAUUCUGCCCCUCCCCUCCGGAACUUGCACUGUGACUGACGAAGAGAUCGCCAGGAGAGGAGGGUACGCUGAAGGACACUGCAAAGUCAGACUGUGGUACAAGUCGAUUUGGUUAUCGUCGUUUGCUUCAAGUGUUUCUGUAAGAAUGUCGUUUACUUGCCAACAUUGCUACAAAGCCUGGGUGCCUUGGGCUGGUACAAAUAUUCAGCACAUUCAGUAUGUCAUAAGUUGCAACUUCAAUGUUUAUUGGGUUCUGUUUCCUUUCUGAGCUGGGUUGAGUUCUCUUGUUUCUCUGGUAAAUGUACUUUAAUUACAGUUUGUUAUCUGACAUGACGUGUUUUGGCAGGUGUUUGUACUACUCUGUAUUAGGAAUGUUACAGUAUUUGUAUAGUAACAGCAUGAAUGAAAGAGUGCUGUGAAAGCAUUGUUGAAAUCUGCUUUACUAUCUUCUCUGGGUCUGGGUUUUUUACUGUAUUGUUAUAUGCUCAAAGCAUGGCAAAACUGAGAGAUGAAGACUUUAAUUUUUGUAAUAAAAUUGUGAUACUUAAUGUCA